UUUACACAUUGCCAGACCGGAGAAAUGCACACACGCACACACGUUUUCCUGCAAACACUCGCGCGCACGUCCUUCCGCGGCUGCCCGUGUCCUGUCUCUCACCCAAACACAGACAUUUAUACACGUAGGCCAGGAAAGCGCUACCCACGGUCCUGUGACUCCACGCGGGUCCUCAGAAUACUCCGUUUACACUGCAACGAUCAGCGACCACAGACAAACCUACCAACAAGUCUACUGGCUGGAAUUCAUCUCCAUGGCAACAAACAUGGAAGGCGGAGAACUGACUCCUGCAGGAACCCGGAAGAGCCACCACAAUGCACCAGUGAAUGAUGAAUAGCGCCCACUGCAGCAAUUCUUCAGCCAAGAUGAGCGUCAACGAGGUCUCCGACUCCCUGACUCUGGAGCAACAGGCCGGCUUUGCCUUUGUGGGAGUCUUGUGCAUUUUCUUGGGACUUCUCAUUAUCAGAUGCUUCAAGAUCCUGUUAGACCCUUAUAGCAGCAUGCCCUCUUCCACGUGGGAAGAUGAAGUCGAAGAGUUCGAUAAAGGGACCUUUGAGUAUGCACUUGCCUGAUGGGGGUGGUUCCAGCUUCAUGCUUUUCCCAGCAGCCAUUGCGACACACGGUA